AUGGAAACACUUUGUGCUGGAUGCUUUGCUGGCCUGUUGACUGGUGCCUUGGGAGCCACGGCAUACCGGGAAAGACGCGGUCACGUCCUUCCGGCAGUCGGCCGCACGAAGCGCCACUCUCACCUCGUGAAAGGCCGCGAUGGCCUGCCGCCCUUGGCGCUGGACAUCCUCGUGGCGGCUCCCCCGAAGAGGGCGCCAGGGCCAGAGGAGGAGCCGCUUGUCUUCUACGUCUUAGACCCACAACCCCUCCUCUUCGGCGCUGCUGCGCUCUUCGCGUUUGGACAGGCCUCGUACUUCGCAAACUCCAAAGCUUGCCCGGAAGCGGCUUUCAGGCGGAUGUACGUGGUGGGCAUCGGCCAUGCAAGCGAGGACUUCUGCUUGUCCGAUACGGGCUUCGACGCUCAGGCCCUGCGUCAGCUUCGCCGCAGAGACUUUCCACCACGCAAUCAUGCCUCCAUUCUACCUGGCCGUGAACCCAACGUCCACGCCCGUCGCUUGGUCGAGGCCUUGGUCGACGAGGUGCUGCCCCACGUCGAGAAAAAGCUGCUGGGACUGUCCCAUCGGCCGCGGCGAUGUUUGCUGGGCGCAAGCUACAGUGCUGUGGUUGCGCUUCAGACGCUGCUGCUGAGACCUGGUGCCUUCACUUCCCUGGUGCUGGGCAGCCCGUCAGUUUCCUUUGACCCUGAGAUCCUUGAAGACGUCGCUGCUGGCACCUACGUCUCGACAGCCCGGUGCUGA